UUUGAUUUUUUUUUAUUUUUGAUAAAAAUUCAUUCUUCAUUUGAAUUUGAAAGUUGUGUUGUGUUUUGAAAAUGUUCAUGUCGGAAGUGCUGCGAUUGUUUAUUUUGAAUUAAUCGUUCGUUUCUUGAUUUCAAAAAGUUUUUGUGUUAUGAUUUAUAUAUUUACGAAGUACUGCGUAUGGUUUGUUUGAUAAUCUUGCGAUCCUGUUGAACUGAUUUCACGAGGAGUAUCCUUUCCACCGGUUGCUCGCUAGAAACCGAAAGUGAAGAUUUCAAGAAUCUGUUUGCGAUCAUUAUAAAAUCAAAAUGACCGGCUACCAGAAUCCGUCCAAUGAUACAUUGGUUUUCUACUUUCAUGCCGGUAAGCUAAUCGAUUUGGCUGCAGUAUCUUUUCUGGCUGCUUUGAAGUAUCAUAAAAUAAAGCAGAUCCAUCGUGGAAACAAAGAAAUCGAUAUUGAUUCUUAUGAAAUGGAUCAAAUCAGAUCGGAGGUGCCUGAAACUAUGUGUAUUACUGAUAUGCUGUGUGAAUUGUCUGAUCGUAUAGACAAAUCUAUAGCUAAGUGGUGGAGAUACCACUGGAAUCAUGUGUUGUUUCGUAAUAUGCCAUCGGAUGAUAUGGUUACAUUGUUUGAUCGAUUGGUAUGGCUUCACGAUGGCUCAAUUAGCUUUAAACAAACGGCUAGAAAAUUGUUGGAUAGCGAUCAAUUGACAAAUGUGCAGAAGUUUCAAAUUGCUUGCACGUAUUGUUUCAUCGAUGAUGUGAAUCGUCUGAAACAGACAUUGUCGUCCGACGAGAUACAUCUCGCCACCGAAUCAUUUCGUACGGAUGUUGAUCCAUUCUUGGAGUACUGGUACCGUAAAAUACGACGUAUGACAGGUUAUCUUCAUCUGACGAACACUAACAUUAAUUUCUUUGUCGAGUUGAUAAAACCUAUCUGUAGAAAAUACGUACUAUAACCAUUGGCCUGUCGUAGAAUAUUUUUGGGAACAGUCAGUUAGCGAAGAAGAGCGUCUGACGAGAGUUCGAGAAAUUAUUUACUCGUACGAGUAUGGCGUUAGCAACACACCGGCCGAUCUGAUCUGGCGCUUUCUUCCCAAAUUGACUAGCUCACAACUCGAUUCGAUGAUAAUAAACGGUGGUUAUGAGAUUAUGCGUUGUUUCGCCGAAGAACCUAACUACAUCGAAUAUACAAUAUUGACUUGGAAACGUGUGGUGAAUUUAAUCGAUGAUGAUAAUCUUAAUUUUAUUCUAAACUACGUGACAGACAUGCAGAAAAAUCGAGAUUAUGUUAAUGGUCUACUCCGCGAAAUGUGGCUUUGCAUGUCAGAACAACAGAAAAAGUUUGUCGCCAACCAACAAGAAUUCGAUUAUGUGGCAAAGUGGUUUGAACGUUGUGAAUAUAAUUCGCCAAAUUAUCAGCUGAUUUUCGAAGUAUUUUUGCUUUGGGGUUCUGAACGUGAGCGUCAACACUACUGGAAAACUAAUUGGACUGAUUUAGUUAUCGGUCAAAUGAACAAUAUAAACAAAGUCGAAGAGAUAAUGAAAAUAAUCUUGGGUAGUUAUGAAAAUAUCGCGGUUUUCAAACGCACCGUCAUGAUCGAUUAUAAGUCUAUUGGAACAGCUUGUGAAAACUUGUUGAGUCAGGGACUUUUCGAGGAAUUGCAAAAGUACUUGAAUUACUGUACAGAGGAUCAGAAUGUGAUUCGGAAUUUGAAAAAGCAAAUUAUUAUGACGAUGUGGAAGGAUCGCCUGUUUCACGUGCUUUGCGAUUGUUGUGCUAACGAGGCUCUUCACGCUGAGUUUGAGUACUUUCUGCGCGACGUAUUAACGGUCGACGAAAUAAAAGAUUUUCAGAGAGAUGUGCUUAUGGCUAGUUCAAAAAAAUCGGAAAAAAUGCUGCGAGAUGGAUUUGUUCACGAACUUAUACAAUGCAUUGAAAAAUAUGCAUCCAGCGAAAAAGAUCUGUAUACGAUAAAGCUACAUUUUAUGAAAUACUCUCACCUCCUCGUACUUCUCGACGAUGUAGAAAUAAAAAUCAAACAGGCUGAUUGGGUGCAUUUCUUAUCUUGGUGUUUGAACGGCGACAAAAGUCUUACCGAGCGGUUUAAAUUUUCAUUACAGCCUGCCAAAGCGUCCAAGGAUGUGGAGAUGGGGCAAUAUUCUCUUUAUGAAGCUUUCUGUGAUUAUUUUUUAAACAACUAGUAAAUAAUCGAAAUAUUUGUGCAUUUUUUUCGUUUCUAAUGUUUUGAGGUUGAUGGCUAUCCGCCAAAAUAUAAAUUAUGAUCAAUUAGAUGUUACUUUUCUGUUAUAUUCACAAGGCUGAGAAAAACCACAAGGAUCCUCGAGGUGGCUCAUAAGGUUCCGAUGAUCUUCACCUAUUGAAGGCCUGACCAUGUUGAAAUGUUAAAUGAUUGUUCAAAAACGAUGAGAUAAUUUUAUAAAAUCUUGAGUAAGGAAAGAAAUUAAAAUUUUUCGGUCGUUGCAUCGACUUUUUUUUCUAAUUCAAAAAAUUCUACUGUUCAAAAGUCACUUAAAUGUCUGGACCCUGGAUUUCAAAUAAGUGUAGAAACUUUGUUAGAGGUUACGUCA